UCUCAGCAUUAGUUAAAGACAUUCAGACAACAACUGAAGUUACGAAACACGUUCCUGAAUUGAGCGUAUCUCAUCCUGACACAAGAUUUCAGCCUGUAGUCACAAGAGAAGAAACAUUACAUCAAGUACUGCCACCUCCAGCUUUUGUUUAUAAUAAUGAGACGAUUAAAGAUGUUACUCGAGACUUGUGUAUAGAAGUUGUAAUGAAGUUGACUGCUGACCUUGCACAAGAAACUGUUAUUGAUCAAAACACAUUUCUUAUUGGUAAUUUCCUGCUGGAAGAAAGUUGUCUGUUGAUGAACAGAGAAAUAUGUAAGGAAGUCAUGAAGGUAGAACUGGAACUGAAACAACAAGAAGCUGCUGAAGCAGAAGCCCAGAAACAACUGGAAGCUGCUGAAGCAGAAGCCCAGAAACAACAAGAAGCUGCUGAAGCAGAAGCCCAGAAACAACUGGAAGAAAGGAAAGAGAGAGUGGCCGAACUUAUAUGUAAUGAAGUGAUUGACUAUGUUUAUAUGGAAGAUACACGCAACCUUGUUAGGGAUACAGUGGAAAAAGAGAGAGUCAUACUGAAGGAAAAGCUUAGCACCUCAGUGAUGGAGAUGAUUUUGGAAGAUGUUCUACCAACCCUGUCAUCGUCUUGUGCAGAAGCUAUUUAUGCUGAAGAACUAGCACUUUGGAAAGAAAAACUUGCUAAACUUAAGAAGAAGGUGGAAAUGAUGCAGCUCCGAGGAAAAGUUUUAAGGUGGCGGAAGUUGUGUGCAACUCGACGGCGACUGGAAUAUGCUCGGAUGACUUUUCCAGCAUGUCCGAGGAUGUUGGGAUCAUCCUGGGAUAGGACUAGCGGUCAGCACCUGUGUUCCGAGACAUCUGUUAAAGUUUAUGAAAGGAGAAGAAAAACUUCACAUCUCUUAGAUACAGAAAUCUGUUCCAAUUUGAUCAAAGACAAAAUAAAGUGGAUGCCUCUAGACUUAGGGUCUUUAGUUUGGUCUCACAUGCCAAGUCGAUCCCAACCAUGUCGUUUUGAGGAACCAGUUACAUGGAAACUGAUAAUUUCCUUGCCUCAAGAGGGCUGCAGUAAAAGUCAAGAUAUUGAUGAUGCUAUUGUAUGGUUGACCACCAAGUUUCGAAAAGGAUACAACUUGGAUUACGAGAAACAGAAUGAGUUGGUGACAACGUUAAAUCAGAGCAUCUAUCAAGUGCUGGAUAAACAAGACAAGGUUGCAGUUUCGGUCAAGUCCAUUAAAGGCCACGUAAAGAAUACAUCAGAUAUAAAGCACCAUCUUUGUGGGAUGUCGGCUCUCCUCGUAGUGGUUCCCAUGACAUCUGCAGCAGACAAGGGUUCUGUUAAAGAGGGGUUGUCAAGGGCCAGACAGCUGUUGCCCUCUUUCCCACCAAAUCCACUUGUUCCAGUCCACUUCCUGGUAGUUCAGUCUGACGAAGAAUUUGAUAUUCCUGAUGAGCAGUCCUUGUUCAAUGACACUUCUCUGCCCAAAUACACUGUUGCCAUCUUCAGAUGUCACAUCCAUCAUCUUGAAGCUUCACAACAGCUAGCAGAGUGUGUUCAAUGGUUGGUUGCCCACACAGCUUCCCCUGCUAAUCUGACAUCAAAGUUCUUGAAGGACUACAUUGAGGAUGGAGUAACUAAAUUUGUAUUUAAUUAUGUUUAUCAAGACUUAGCAGAGAAAAUGAAGCAGCAGUGUUACUGGCAGGUGAGUCAUAUAUUGGUCAGUCAGUAAAACAGAGACUAGAGCGGGAA